UGUGAAUAAACAUGUAUGAAAAAUGAAAAUACAGAGAGGUAGCUGUCUACCAACCGUGGAGGUGAUUAUCCAGAAUAACUCAGAUUUUCGAAGAUCCAGUGCUUGAAACAAACAAGUGUUGCCAUUUAGAACAAGCUUUCCAUUGGCCCGAGAGAACAAUGGACGAUAAUGCGACUUUGGCAAAGUCGAAUACCACGAUUUUUGUAUGUCCCGAGGGACAACAUGAACCACAGCAUGUUAUGUAUCAGCUGGCCAACGUAUGCUUCAUAGUGGCUUACUUGGCUCCUAGCAACAAAACAGGGUUGCUGUUCAUGCACUCCAUUCUCAUUUUGGGCUUCUUCCUUUUCUCAAUGUGGGCGUGGAAUGUUGUGUGCGCACCUGAUGUAUUUUCGUGGAAUUUCUUCUUCGUCUUAUUAAACAUGGGACAAAUGCUCUAUGUAUUGUACACUAUGCGUAAAGUCAAGUUUCCUUUAGAAUUAGAAGAUAUCUACAGGUCUAUGUUCCAGCCUCUGCAGGUGUCCAGACUGUCAUUUAAGAAAUUGGUGAGUCCUGAAUGCGCGCAAAUGAUGUCUUUGCAUCCCGGUGAAGCAUAUGCGAUGCAAAGUCUUACCAAGACAGACAGACUUGGCUUGCUUGUUAGUGGAAAAGUGAAUGUCAUAUCCGGUCAGCAUUUCUUACACAACAUUCAAGCAAAAGAGUUCCUGGAUUCUCCAGAAUUUGAAUCCAGCAGAUCGGGCGUCGAAGAGAAAUUCAAGGUAUCCAUCGUAGCCGUCACUCCAUGUCGCUGCAUUGUGUGGCAGAGGCAGAGUCUGGAGUAUCUUUUAAUAAAGGAGACGCACUUGUCAAACGUACUCGCCCUUCUUCUCUCCAGGGAUAUUACAAGGAAACUUUAUGCUAUGAAUGAUAAGAUGGUUACGGAGAAAGGUUCUCACUUAGAUAUUAGACUUCCCAGUUUCACGGGUUCUCUUGCAUCGCAAGAAGAAAUUAAGAAAAGAACAGAAUCAGUUUUCGGAAGUAAAGAAUUUACCGGACCUACUGGAUACGGACAUACUAGAGCUUUCCUCUCCGAAUGAAUCUUCAGAAAAGUCUUGUCGAUUCUUAUUAGAAUGGUAAAAAUGCUGCCAAAGGGUACCAAUACGGCUGGACAUCGCAUUCCUGUUCAUUUGCCUUUGAAUCUUCCACAGUGUUUUUUUAAGAUUUUCUUUCGAAUUCGGAUAAAAAAAAUACAUGGAAUAUUUAAAAUCUCUUUGUUGACAACUUAGGAAGACAAUUCCCAAUACGCAUGAAAAAGUCGAAUUUCCCCCUAGAAAGUAUAUUGUAAUGAGAUACGUCUAUAAAUAUAAGGCUGCAAACAAUAAUCAAUCACAACAGUAUAUUACGACAUCAUGGCACACAAUGUUCUCUAUCAUUUUAAUUCUAUUAAUUCUUGGGCAUUUUUUUUAAAUUUCAUAAAUUAAAAUGCGAAGAAACAAUAUUAUUUUGUUAUUAAACAAUAUUGCAUCAUAAUUUUAUCUGAAAAUAGACGUUUCAAUAUAAAUAUAUAUAAAAAAAGGAUAAUGAAUAAUAGUUCAAAGGAUGGACAUCCAUUAUUUAAAAACGUUUUAAACCAUGUCUUACUAGAUACCUGUCAGUCUGUAAGAUACUAUAAUAUACAUCUUAAAAUAUUAAAUAAAAUACAGUGUUUAUAUUAAAAUAAAAUAGAGUUAACAACGUAGAUUUGAAAUAAUAAAACUUUCCAGUCAUUACAUGUUAUUUGUAGACGACACUUUUAGUUUCAUAUUCAUACAAUAGGCAUUUAAUCCCUAUAUGAAUGUACAUAACUUAGAACAUGAAAUGCUGAUUAGUAUUCAGAAAGAUAAAAAGAAUGAUACUAAAAUGUUAAUAGACUUUGAGAUAAGUCGAUUGACUACAUGAUUAUUCACGGCAUUUCUUUCUGAGGUAUACCUACCCGACCAUCCGAGAUAUCAAACCUGUGUAAUUAUGAUGUAGGUCCUCUUUUCUUUGACAAAAGAAACUUGACUCGUUGAGGCAUAGAUUUUAUGUAUUGGAAGUAUCUUUUGAUUUUGGUAAUAUUGGUAACUUGAUAAUAAUGUUGUUACUAUGUAUUGCUGCUAGAAGCGCAUUUCAGAAAAUGUGAAUAAGGAAAACUAUAGAAAAUUCUUCUUUAGUUGCGUAGGGUUCUAUGCAUAGGUUUCACGAUUAGAUGGGAAACAAGACAUGCCCUACGAACGAAGGACGAAGAGAUGGAAAAGGGAUAUCUAAUGUCCAUGAAAGUUCUUGCCUCAUGCGUGAUAUAAAGCAACCAGCAGCAUAACAGCAUUUUGUCUGAGCAUCUCAAAUCAUCCGGAAAUUAUUUUCAAAAUUUCGCCGGACAAAUAAUGGCGGAAACUAGUCUUAGAAAGCUAAAUUGCAUGAUUUCUCAAGCAAUUCGACAAUUUUAAAUUCCAUUUUCAGUUUAUGAAGAGUAGUUGAAGCUCUUAAGCAUUCAACAGAAAUCGUCAAGAUAUUUCGCAGAAAACGUGUAAUUUUUAGGUCAUCGAAGAUUCUUACAAAAUCCACAAAUUCUUCGGUAGCAAUAUACAAGUACUUACAAGGGUUUCUAGUAGUUUGAACUUUUAUCUUUUCCUCUGGCUUAAAAACUGAAAGUGCUUUUACUUGUAGUGUUGAAACGACUUCUUUGUAAUCACAAUAUUUCAUCUUCCUUCUGGAAAAUUUCUUCACGAAUUUCGAAAUUAGGAAAGAUUAUGAAAUUCGGAAGCUAGUGUGUUUGUCAUCGAGGAUGAGCGCAGGAAAGCAUUUGUUUUUUCCACAGUUAGCUAAUUUCUGAGAGGUUAUCUCCCUAAAUGGGCCCUUUUGUAUUUGAGGUAGGAAAAGUGUUUGAAAUAUCGUAGGUGUUUGUGACAAAACCUUUGGCAAUACAAGCACGGGAUAGAGGUUUCUGUAGCCAGCACUUCUAAUGUUAGUAAAAUGAUUAUUUUUGCCAUCAGGAAUUAUUUUUUUCAAUUCUAUAGGAAUAUCUUCAGAGCUCUAUUCCCUCUAAUUACUGCUUUAGGGGAGUUAUUCUCUAGGCGAAGUAAUUUGAAAAAAUUGCAGAAUAUUGUAAAAAACGAUUCAGUUCUCCCUCAGCCCUGAGGUUUUGAAUUUGAUUCCUGUAGAACUAACAGCCUCUAAAAAUACUUAGAACAACGUUUAGUAAGUACAACAUUUAGUCGAUUCUAUUAAGUUCAGAGUAUGGACAAACUGCUUGUAAGGCUUAUCCUUUCUUGUCAUCCGUAAUUUUCAUACCUAUAGACAUUAGACUAUUGAAAUAAAUAUCUUCUGGAAAUAGCAUAUUGCAUAUGCUUCGUCGUUUUAAUUCGAAUAUUCCAGUAUUCACUGUUUGAGUGUAUUUUCUCUGUGAUAUUCCAUUUCGGUUUUUCCCGAUUCAGGUCUUCUGAACGGCCAGCAAAUAUCGUACCUUUCAGGCUUUUCCCUCUCUUCUACAGGCACUCUGGAUGAGAACAUAAAACAUUUAUCAUUUCAGCCUUGUUAUUUAUAACCUUUCAUUAUAGUUGGUGAGAAUUAGAAAGGAAAGAGCAGGUGUUCAAAGAAACACUCUUAAUUAAAAGAAGCACGUAUUAUCAUUUCAGUUAGGACCGUGCUGAGUUUUAAUUAUAUCUGGCACGAAAAACGAGGGCGCUUUUUUUCACGCAAAGGAAUGAAACUUGCAAGGUAUAAGCCGUGUAUACCAUACAAAAGUUCUUCCUAUUUGUUUAAACAAAAUCAUGUGUUAGGAACCUCGAGAUGGGUAUGCUGAAAAUCAAACUGUUUCGAAAGUUUGUUAUUCAAUGAAAGCAGUACAAUAUUAAAGGUUAAUGAACGUUUGUGAAGCCUCGGAUAUUCCUAAAGUAGAACCUCUAAAAUGCGUUGAUUUAUGCAAGAAACAUUCUCGAGUAAAAUUAACUCUAUAAGGAGUCGUUUUUAAGAGCCAUGGAUGCCAGAUGAGACUUCGUAACAAAAAUGCCGGAACACUUAUAUUUGAAGUUGUUAUCUUUCUAUUGAGAAAGACACAAAGUUUUAGGAUUCUCGAUUAAAUUAGGAUUCUCGUCGCAAAAUAGAGGACAUCUGCUAUUAUGGAGUGGUUGUGGGGGAAAUUUCUUUAUUAGUGACGAGGGAUAAACGAACAGAGUAUUGCUAUUUACAAUAAAUAACGGAUUGCAGUCUCUAGGAAACAGCAAAUAUUUGAAUAGAACUUUUAAAUCUUGUUGCCCACAUUACUGAAGUAAACAAGUAUGGAGUAUUCAUACUGGUUGUGAAAACACUGCUGAUGAAACAGCAGUGUAUCCUUCUGUAUGCGUUCCUGCUUAAUAAACUCAAUUAACUUACGACUAACGUAAUAAAACUCACUUACGAAAAACUGUUUGCGGUUUUUGAAAGCGAAAAAUAUAUUUCAGAAACCAAGAACUUGGAAAAUGAUUUUUAAAUUGCUGUAAAAUCCUUAAGAAAUAUACUUCCAAGAACUUUAAUUAAAUAUUGUAAUUUUUUAAUGUGCUUACAGCUAGAAGUACAGCGAAUAGGUCUGACUACUCAAUAAAAAAUAAUAAAAAAAAACACGAAAGUAUGAAAAAGCAUAUCCGUAUUUGCGCUUCUUUAGCCCAUUUACCUCCAGUAAGUAUCGAUGAGGGCUGGCUGAGAAUAAUGAAGUAUUAUCCUACAUCUGACCAAGUUGAGCGAUUUAAAGAUAAUAUGUAAUAUGGUGAAGCAAUGUUGAGACAAAAAAUCUAAGAAAGGUAUAGGACAAAAGUGCUUUCGAAGGUUGGCAUCAUAAGCUGAAUAAUUAUGUCAGAAAAUCUCGUCCAUUAUUAGGAUGCUCUGAGAUAUAGAAUAGAAGUGAAAAUUCCUGGAAGGAAGAGAAUGAAAAGACGAAGUUAGAUUAAGAGGCGAAAUCAACUUUUAUGGACUUUGAAGAUGGUAGGAUUUCUGUUGGAGUUUCAAAAACACCGAGUCAUCUUUUACAUCUACAUUAGUACUUAAACAUUUUUAAUAUAAAGUUGUUUUAAUUUGGAACACAAAUGAAUCAUUCUACUCCUACAUUUCUUUAGAGCAAAAAUAUCAUAAUAAACCCAACUCUCCGUAAGCUGACUCCAAAAUUUAUUGUAAUAUAAUAUAUAUUAGUAAUUAAAUAUUACAUUAUAUUACAUCGUUUCCUUUUCUUUUAUGCUUAAACAUGCAUACGUUUAUGCAUAUAUCUGUCUAUGGGCUUUAUUAAAUGACAGGGUUUUUUAAAAAGAUAUUUAUGUUAACAUUAUUAUAGCUCUUACAAAAUUUAAUAGAAUAUUGAUCGCUUGAAAUCACGUAGAUAAGCAUAAUUUUAAGUUUUAAUGAAAAUAAAUAUAAUUAUUUUUAAGUGCAUAUAAGCAUACAAAAGCAAAAUGUUUAAUGAAAAUUAUAUAAAAUAUUUAAUAUAAAUGUACACAAAAAAUUACAAUUUAAUGUAAAAGGGAUGGUAAUUUACUAGAAGUUUACUGCUAAUCAGAUAAAAUCAUCUCUAGAAAUUAAGGCUUAUAAAUGUAAACAUAAGAAUUCAGAAUGAAAUUCUUUCUAAGAAUAUUAAGUGAUCUUUAUAAGUCUUCACGACAGAAGAAAAUGGCGCUGAAUGUUCCAAUAAAUCAUUUAGUUUCUUUAAACUCGUAUUAUUGUCUAUGAUAUAUUUUCAUUGCUUUCAAUUUUGAAUUGUUUCAUAUUGUUUAAGAUAUUAAGUAAUGAUGAAAUAAAAUAUGAUUCAGAAACAAAUAGUUUCAGUUAUUGUAGAGAAUAUUUAUUCAAUAUUAUGAAAUGCAUGUCUUUUGAUAUAAAUGAAAGUUUAAUAUUUAAUUUAGAGUUUGAUAUUUAAGUUUGCCGUUGACAAAUAAACGUCAUGUAUCUAAAUAAGCUGUAAUGUAUGUAAGCAAGUAAUAAACGUAUCUAAAUAAGCUGUUACAAAUAAAUGAACAUUCACAGCAAGGAUGCUAUUACUGUAAGAUGAAGUUCAUGUAUGUUGAGUUUCUGUAAAUAAAUAAAUGUAAUAAAU